AUGAUCAUAGGAUCUACACUUCGGUCUAGAUUCGGCAAUACUUUAGAAUCGCAUCAGAUUGAUGAUGAUUACUCAGUUUCUACGGACCAAGAGGAUUCAAAUAUAUCUCCAUCACCACAGCCACACUUGUAUUCACAUACAUCUUCUCCGUCACUUCCACGGCAGCAGCGAUGGUCACGUCCGGCAAGGCCGUCGACCACAGCCUUGAGGUCGUUGAGUUGUGACCUAUCACCACGAGGGCUUGAUAAUCAUGACGCAACACUUUCACAACAACAACACUCAUCAAGCCUACAACACCAAGCUUCAUACGCUAGCCUUUCACAAAAUGAGGCUUUUUUAGAAGAGCUACAGUUUGAUCCUGAAGAGCCAGUUCCUACGUAUGAAACGUCACAAUUAAUGCAUCAGAAUAACCAAGCUCCACCACCAGAAAUCGAACCAAUUCAAUUGAUGUCUACAGACCAUCGAAUUACUGCUCGAGAGUUACCACCUGGACUUGCAUCACACUUAUAUACUCCUAUCCCAUCGCUUCCUAUUCCAAGAACUUCAUCGAUGUUUCUUCUGGAUUCACUUGAUUCCUCACAAUCAACAACGCCGAAUAUUUUGCAACAACAACAACAACAACAGCAACAACAACAGCAACAACAACAACAGCAGCUGGGUAAUUCUCAUUUGCUGCAUCACUCCUUAUCGUCGAAUUCAUCUUCUACCAGUUUACAAUUGCGUAACAAGUUUAAACAAACAUCUAUUAAGAAAUUAGGCUUAAAGUUCUUAAAUGCAAGACAACAUUUCUUAUUGGCGUGCUGCCGUGAUGUAUCACUAAUACCGCCUUUAAUUGGGCUAUACCAGUCUUGGAAACGUAUUUAUCAAGAGGAUGAUUUGCCAAAUGGAGCGACAUACAAGAUCACAACUGCGAGAGGAAUGGAACAUUUUCUCACUGGUGUCUGGUGCGUUGUUGCCGCUUACUUAUCCUACUCAAUUCUCGAUUCUUUAUUAGUGAGGUGGAUCAUUACUUAUUCAACAUCAGCCGCAAUUGUACGUGUGUUGUCAAUGUCUACAAUCAUGAUUACUUGUGAGUUAUAUUUGGUUAGCACAUUCAGUGCUGAUGGGUACAAGUAUGGCCUACAUAUUUGGAUCUUGAUAAGUUGUCUAUUAACGCUUACCUAUAUUGUUCAAAAUUUUGUCACCCUGAAUUUACAACUUGAACAUCAUAAUAAUAUCAAGCAACAAGAGCCAAUUAGGGGUGGUGAAAACGAAAUCAAUACCAAUGUGAGCAGCCUGUCGCAGAGGGUUGUCAAUGGUAAUGGGCAUGCCAAUAUAGCUACCCGUAACAAUGCCAAGUAUUAUAGCCAAAUGAGGAGCCAAAAGCCUAGACGCUUUUUUGAUUUUUACAAUAUUGUGGUUUUCGCUGUGGUUCCUGUGGGAUUAGCAAGUUUUGUAACAAUGAUUGGACUACUAAGGUCUUUAUUGAUUUUGAGAAUUGAUGUUGAUCAAGUCAUGAGGACCGUAAAUUGA